GGAAGGAAGGGGCCUCGUUGCGCGGCCGCCUUUCUGGCUGGAGGUCGCAACUCCUUGCUGCCUCGUGAGACUUCGGCUGCGUUCUUUCUCCCCACUUGACCGCUUCCUCCUUCGCUGUAAUAUACCCCAGCUCGUGGUCGUCUUUUUCUGCGUGUGUGCGCGUGUAGAGGUACGCUUGUCGUGCGUGCGGAGUCACUCACUGCACGCGUCUCGAGUUACUUUGUCCGCGUGGGUGCGUGCCUAGAGCCAAGGGAACACAAGGGGAGGGAGAGAGAGAGAGAGAGAGAGAGAGAGAGAGAGAGAGAGAGAGAGAGAGAGAGAGAGAGAUCGUACGGUGCCCUUCUUUGAGAGAGAGAGAGAGAGAGAGAGAGAGAGAGAGAGAGAGAGAGAGAGAGAGAGAGAGGUCGUACGUUGGCGUCGUUGCUUGGACUCGAUCUUGCGGCGUUGCUGACUAAGCAUUGAUCACCUAGCGGUAAGGAGCGGGGGCAGCCACGCGGCAGCGCUGAUUUGUCAGCGAGGAUGGUUGCCACAGCAGCUGCGCCCCGCUACGCUCCGCCCGACCCCACAUUGCCGCCGCCAUGGCGAGCAUUGGUGGAUGGGACCACCGGGUACGUCUAUUACUGGAACCCGGAAACGAACUUGACGCAAUACGAGAGGCCCACUGGCGGGACGGCGGGAGGAGCUGGUGGGACAGAUGGCGGCUUGGGAGGAGGCUCAGGGACAGCGUCGGGAACGAAGGUGGCGUCCUCCAAAAAUGGCUCUUUCAGCAGUAACGGAGGACCGCAUUGUGGGGUGAGUAACGGUCAUUCCCUUGGGGAUCGGAACGGGGUGCUGAAUGGCUCUUCAGCUGUUGUUGCUAGCGAUGCGUCGCACCAAAGUUCCUCCUCUCAGGUCCAGCCGCAACAACAGUUUCCUAAUCAGGGUGGAACGAUAACGACUGGCCAGUCUAUCCCGUUAGCCCACCACGUGGCCGUAGCUUUGAAUGGUUCAAGGGCCGGUCCUGGUUCAGGCCCUCCUGGUCAAGAGGAACUACGCGGAGGACCUGGAGGAGGUUCGCUGUUAGGGGCUCCAGGCGGUAUGGGUAUGCCCAUGGGGAUGACUGCGGGGGGUUACAAACGAAGCGCAGAUGAGUAUGCUGUUGGCCAGGGGCAGGGAGAAGGGCAAUCUCAAGGGCAAGGGCAAGAUCCAAACAGUAAGAAGCCAAGACUGCAGUCCUAUGUGGAUGGACAGCCCUAUGCAGACGCACUCGCUUAUCGGAGAGAGCAUGAAAUCACUGUUGUUGGUGACAAUGUUCCAUUGCCAUUAUUGACGUUUGAAGCUGCGAAUUUCAGCCCUGAAAUCUUGAAUGAGAUAAGGUCAGCGGGCUUCUCAUCACCAUCACCAAUUCAAGCUCAGUCGUGGCCUGUUGCUCUCCAAGGCAGGGAUGUAGUUGCGAUUGCGAAGACGGGAUCUGGGAAGACGCUCGGGUUUCUUUUGCCUGGGUUCAUGCAUAUCGCUCAGAGGCGUACUAAUAUGAGGGGAGCACCAUUGAUGCUGGUGCUGGCUCCAACUCGCGAGCUUGCAACACAGAUUCAGACUGAAGCUGCAAAAUACGGAAGAUCUUCUCGGCUGACGACAACAUGUGUAUAUGGAGGAGCAGCGAAGGGACCACAGCUGCGUGAGAUUGAGAGAGGUGUUGAUGUGGUCAUUGCAACACCAGGACGCUUGAAUGAUUUCUUGGAACAGCGGAAGGUCAACCUUCAGCAGGUCUCUUUCCUUGUGCUCGACGAAGCCGACAGGAUGCUGGAUAUGGGAUUUGAGCCCCAGAUUCGAAAAAUUGUACAGCUGAUUCCUCCGACCAGACAAACCCUGUUCUUUACAGCAACAUGGCCCAAAGAAGUCCGGAGAGUCGCUUCCGAUUUGCUGACAAAUGCAGUGCAAGUCAAUAUCGGGAACAGCGAGGAGCUGGUUGCAAACAAGUCUAUAACGCAGGUCAUUGAGGUCAUCGGUCCACAUGAUAAGCAGCGUAGGCUUGAGCAGGUGAUUCGGCAACAACCAAGUGGGGCAAAAAUUAUCAUAUUCUGCAGUACAAAGAGAAUGUGUGAUCAGCUAUCCAACAAUCUGUGCAAGGACUUUGGUGCAGCGCCCAUUCAUGGUGAUAAAUCCCAACAAGAGCGGGAUUACGUGCUUGGACAGUUCAAGAGUGGGCGGACACCGAUCCUUGUGGCCACUGACGUGGCAGCUCGUGGUCUGGAUAUCAAAGAUAUCUGUGCCGUGAUUAACUACGACUUUCCUACAGGAAUCGAGGAUUAUGUACACAGAAUUGGACGGACAGGCAGGGCGGGUGCGACAGGCUUGGCGCACACCUUUUUCUCUGCACAAACCGACGGGAAGUAUGCCAAGGACCUCAUUAAGGUGUUAGAGGGUGCAUGCCAACCUGUUCCUCCGGAGCUUGCGCAAAUCGCAGCGCAAAAUUGGGGAGUAACGAAGGCGAACAGAUGGGCGUCGGCAGGUGGUGAUGGUGGCAGUGGCGGACGGUGGGGUGGGCGUGGAGGGAGGGAUGUAAUGGGUGGUGGUAGAGGGGAUUUCGGAGCGAGAGGUUCGGGGGGUGACCGUGAUAUGGACAGGUCUGGAGGCCGAGGUAGCAUGGAUGGACGCGGAAGGGGGUGGGGUGGAGGUAGAGGUGAUCGUUUCGGUGAGAGGUAUGGGGAAAGGUCUGGUGGUCGGGACAGGGGCAUGAGGGGUGGAGGGAGAUUUGAUGGUGGCCGUGGAAGAUACGACGAUUGGCGAGGAAGGCCCGAUGAUUGGCGAGGAAGGAACGAUGAUGGGAGAGGAAGGUUUGAUGAUGGUCGGGGAAGGAGUGUAAGCCCAAGUUAUGGUCGACCGAGGAGCAGAAGUCCAAGCUAUGGUAGAGGCAGGAGCAGAAGCCCGAGUUAUGGCCGAGCAAGAAGCCGCAGCCUCAGCCGAGAGCGAGCUGGGAGGAGGGGGCCGUAUCAUGACAAAGGCAGGGGUAGCCCAGUCUAUGACCGAGGUUCUGCACCUGGGACUGUUGGUGGGUCUGGCACUGGUAAUGGGUCUGGUGCUGGGUAUGUUGGUGCACAGGCCGGCGUCAAGAGCCCAGGAUACGAAAGGGGUGGCGGUGGGCGAGGUGGGUAUGGACGGCCAAGAGAUCAUAGGCACACGAGAGGAAGAAGCCGCAGCUUGAGUGCAGAUAGGUUCUCUGGCAGUGGGGAAGAUGGCAACUUCGGAGGGAGAGGAGGGUGGAGAAGGGGGAGCAGGAGUAGGAGCAGGAGUCCCUCGCAAGGACGUAGCCUGUCCAGAGGGAAAAGUCCUUAGUCCAGGAAGUCGGAGUAGAGGAUCAUUAGAGGAAGGGGUUGGGGCCAUUCAAAGAGCAACAGCAGGAUAUAGAGGACUGGCACUUCAGGGAGUAGAUGUGCUGUCGAGUGAUCCGCCACUUUGCACAAUCACAUCCUUCGAGGGCACCGCAUGUUGUGUUCCGAAAGGCGUAUUGCAAACAGGCAAAUAGCGUGGUGAUCGGGAUGAGCAUUUGCUUGUGUUAAUGCAGUGCAGUCCUCCCAUGAUGGGCACGUUUACAGGAUGUCCGACGGUGUGUGGUUCAGCAGAGUAAACUCGUUUUGCCAGAUGCAGGUGGCCUCCGGUUAGCAACUGCGACGGUGGAUUUUGCUGGAUUACGAGGUCCAUCGGUGUUAACUUGUAGUAUUCUUGCGUGCAUGGUUGCAUGCAUGGUUUGCAAGCGGACUUCUGCAACGAGCGGAUUCGAAUUGUGUUUUCUAAUCAGAGUAAAAAUUCUUUUGGACUGGUGAUUUCAUUUUCUUCCCCGUUGGCCUGCCGUCUUUGUCACCUUUAUGACGUUUUUUCUUGCCGUCGUGCGUUGACGUUUCAUGAAGCACGUGCGUGCGUACGCCUGUGCUGUCUACUUUUGACAGAAGAGUACUGCUCAAGCAGUACCGUGAUCAGGGGUUCCUGAAGAGGAUGCCUGCCUCUCUAGCAAGAAUUCUUCAUGCCACCAACACAUGGGGGCCGUUUGUCCUUCGAAGCUUUUUUUGCCGAACUGCCAUCAGCACACUUUUGUUUCUCUUCCGGCCGGCGCAGCCUGCCGCUGUGGUCUGGUAGCCCCGAGCCCCGAGAAGUUUUCGUUGGCGAUGAAGGAUUUUACGGUAAGGCUGGGGGCAUGUACUGCCAGUUUAAGUCGCUCGAUAUUUCGUGGGUGGCUUUCUUCUUCAUCUGAAAGAGCUUGAAAAGGAGGUCCAGAAAAUCUGUCUAAAAGAUGCUGAGGCUGAGGGCAGAGCAUAGGGUGGAGUUAGCUAUAACCGAGCAAGACAGCACUCUACAUCUUCAUGAUAGUCUAUCUGAAAGAAGUGGUACUUUCGAAUGGGAUCGUGGUACUUUCGAAUGAGAUCUUUCGAACGCCAGAGACUUCUAUGUCCUAAAUGUUGACGUCUUGUAGUUUUCUAGUGAUGUCAUAAUAUUUCUGCGACACUAUCCGUUUGGGUAUGGGGUAUGUAGUGCAGGUCCAGAACACCACACUGUGUCAAUGCAUCAGAGCAUGUCACUAGAAAGGGCUGGGGUUCAGUGCAAAAUGGAACAGAGUGCAUUGCUGCCUUCGAGAAGUUUGCUGGAGUUUGGACGGAAGUGUUUGUUAUGGGGCCCACGGCAGGUCACGGUCGCUGAUGGUUUGGUGACGAAAAGCGGACGGAAUCGUACUGUGGAUAUCUUUUAAACAGUGGAUGGAAAGUGGGAAUGCUUCGAGCGCUGCCUUAUACCCCAUUGUGUGAGGAGGAGGUCGGAGGAACGUAUAAAAUUGUGAACGAUCGUAUGCGAGUGCAAGAGGUGGAUUGUUGCGGCAUGCUGGAAAUGUUAUUGACUUUAUUCCGAAGUACCGAUGUUGCAUGAGAAGAUGUAGACUGGAGCAGCCGAAGGACCGUGUCUGUAGGUAAGGGAAUGCUGCUGGGAGAGGAUGACUGUGAGGGUCUUCCGCAGUGGCACCGACUUGCGCACUGCAGGUCAGUGGGGUAUCCUCUGAGCUGUCAGUGACAGAAAAAACACUCGUCAAUAUGUCUUGUUGUGGUUUCGCUGUUCGGAUGUGCGUAAAAAAAAACUUGUUUCUGUAUAUCUGGUUUGUCUACUUUGUGAAUCUGUGCUGCCAUUGGGAUGAAGAUGUGUGGCCUAGGUAGGACUCGGGCUGUCUCUGAAACUGCAUGUGGCCUUUGACUCGUAAUGAAUCUCACAUGCCUCG